AACAUCAGCCCCCAACCAAACAUCCAGUACCACCACCCUCUGAGCACAGUAAACAAACCCGAGAACAGCGAAACAGCUCCAAAUGCGUUGCGUCCAACCUGCCAGCCCAGCCAGCCAGCCGCAACAAUUCAUUGCUUCAGUCAUUGUAGCAGCCAGCCAGCCAGUCAGUCAUAACCGUAGUCUCAAACAGGAAGGCAACCGUACCGGCGGUUUUCAUUUUGGCAUAGCUCCAAAACGACAACGACGACAACGAAGACGACGAAUUUUUGUUUUAUUUUUUAAAACAAAAUAACUAAAAAAAAGAAGUAAAGAAAAAAUAUUAAAUCAAAACAAGCAUCCAAAAGUUUGUCCAUUUUGAAUAAAUAUUCGAGGCGUGUUUUUGUUUUUAUUUAAGUUGUUGUUUUAUUUGUUUUCAAAAAUAUAUUUGUUGUUGUUUCUACGAGAUUUUUCUCUCGUGUUUUGUGUCGAAAAAAUGGUGUUGGUGUUUUUUUGAUGUUGAAAAAAAUAAUCGACAAAAUUUAUUGAAGGUGGUUUAAUUUGUUUAUAAAUACAAAUGUGAUGCGACACGACGCGACAACAACAACAAACAAGAUCAACAACCAAAAAAUAAUAAAUAAUUAAGUUCAAAUACAAAAAAAAGCAAAAUAUAGAAGCAAGAAUUCAAUACAGUGACCCAAAAUUGGAAUUCUCGCCUUGCAACGUUGUUGCAAUUACUUGGCAAUAAUUGACAGCAACAACAACAAAAAAACGGUGUUGGCGUAGCGCGAUUUGUUUUACGGUAGCCACAGACAUAAUUGUCAUCGUCAAACGUCGUGUAAAUUUGUAAAACAAAAUCCAUAAAAUUAUUAACGUUUCAGUUUCAGUUGAAAACUGAAACUUGAAUUUCGUUGCAAUUACAAACAGCAACAACAACAAUAAUUCAAGCAGCAACAACAGCGACAAUACGAGGAUAAGUUAUUCUAAAAAAGUCACUUGGCGGUGGUGUAAUUUUUUAAUAUCUUGAAAGGAAAGUAACAAACAACAGCAACAACAAAAGAAACUCGAUGAUUGUUUUAAAAUCAAAUCAAUUGGAAAUUUUCAAUUUGAAUCCUGAUACGUGAUAAUUUAUACUACAUCCUCCCUCUUCCUAUCCACCCUGCCCUUUCAACAACUAUCUAUAACUGUAAACACAACAACCACAACUACAACUCCAUCUCCAGCUAUAACCACAAUAUUUCCAAUCCUGGCCUAGUCAAAGGAUAUCCCAAACCUCCCUAGUUUGCGAAUUUCAUUGAAUUCAUCACCAAACUGCUACCGGAAGAUGAUUGUCGACAAAUCGGAGAACAUUGGCGAGCAUGCUUGGACAAAGCUACUCGACGACAAGGAGACCAGUGGCAAAGAUGCUGUGAUUGUUAAAAUAUCCAAUAAAAACGAAAAUAGUCUGCGACACGAUAAACUCAAUAUCAAAAACCUAAAGGAAAACAGUUCGUUGACGGCAAAUUUUGUGGACCCACCUGCCAAAGACGCCCUGGCCAACGACAUAAUGGGCGAGGAGGGAAACAGCGGGGCCCCCCUGAUGGGCAAGGAUAUCAACGAGGGUACAAAGCUGAAUGCCAAUGCCGGCCUCGGAGGUGUUGGCGUUGGCAGUGGCGGUGUAAACAACGAUGAGAAAAACGUUCAAAUACAACGCAAAGAAUCUAUACUCGGUACAUUCCAUAGACAUUUAAGAAGAUCGAUAAAGGCUGUUAGUGAAUCACCGGGACCGAUUACAAGGUAUCGUCAGACACGUUUUAGUUCUCGACGCAUACGAAAACGCGUGAUAUUCAAACAUGGUGACUGCAAUGUGGUACAAGGUAAUGUUGCCAAACGGAGACGAAGAUAUUUGCAGGACAUCUUCACCACCCUUGUCGAUGCCCAAUGGCGAUGGACGCUGCUCGUCUUCGCCUGCAGCUUUCUCAUAUCGUGGGCCUUCUUCGGUCUCAUCUGGUGGACAAUAGCCUAUGCCCAUGGCGAUUUAGAGUGGAUCGAUAAUCGCGAUAAUCGGCCCGAACUAAUACAAAAUAUGACACACACUAUGUGUGUGACCGAGGUGCGUUCGUUCAUAUCAGCAUUUUUAUAUUCAAUCGAAACUCAACACACAAUCGGUUACGGCAACCGGUUCGUAACCGAAGAAUGUCCCGAGGCGAUAUUUACCAUUUGUCUCCAGUGUAUAACGGGUGUAUUUAUCCAAGCAUUUAUGGUGGGCAUUGUUUUUGCCAAGCUGUCGCGUCCAAAGAAGCGAGCCCAGACGCUGCUGUUCUCUCGCAACGCUGUGAUAUGUCAUCGUGAUGGUGUGCCAUGUUUAAUGUUUCGUGUGGGCGAUAUGCGCAAAUCGCACAUUAUCGAGGCCCAUGUAAGGGCGCAGCUCAUCAGGAAGAAGGUAACAAAAGAAGGAGAAGUCCUGCCAUUCUAUCAACAAGAGUUGAAAGUGGGAGCCGAUGGUGGCGAAGAUCGCCUGAUGUUCAUUUGGCCCACAACAAUUGUGCAUAAAAUCGAUAGGCAUAGUCCGUUGUAUAUGUUAUCGGCAUCCGAUAUGUUAAAAGAGCGGUUUGAGGUGGUUUGUAUGUUGGAGGGCGUUAUUGAGUCAACCGGCAUGACAACACAGGCCCGCAGCAGUUAUUUACCCUCGGAAAUUUUGUGGGGUCAUCGUUUUGUCAAUGUUGUAUCAUUCCGCAAAGAAACCGGUGAAUAUGAAGUCGAUUAUACGCUCUUCAACAACACCUAUGAUGUGGAUACGCCGUUGUGCUCGUCCAAAGAGUUGGAUGAUCUCAAGGAGGAGUAUAGUAAAAAUCACAAAGCCGGUUUGGAUCGCGCCUUAUCUGCCGGCCUCCUGAAACACAUUUCUUCCGUUGCCUCAGUGGAUCACAUGGAUCCGGCCAGUGAUGAGUCCCUGGAUUCCGGCCGCCUACACACACGCUCAAAUUCCAUACCCAAUGGUGCACUGGCCACCGAAUUGGAACCUUUAAAUAAUAAUACGCCCUCGUUUACGGUGGGCGGUUCAUCGAUUCUGCCAUCGAUAACCACAAACUUCCAAAGUAUUAAUGAAAAAAUCAAUUCCACAAAUGGUUCGAGCACCCACAACAACAAUAACAACAAUGGCUCCAACAUAAAUCACAGUAGCAGCAAUACCAGCCUGAAAGCGAAAUCAUCGCGUCGUCUUUCCAUAAAACAAGACCAGCUUCCCGUAGAUUCAUUAUGCUGAUAUUUAAGAACUUUUCUAAAUAAUGUAUAUUAGAUUUUAUUAUUAUUAUUAUUAAUUUUUAUCUAAGAAAAGAA